GAGGAACCGCGCCUGAGCCCCCUGGGCCCAGCCUCGCGCGCCGGCAGCCCCGCGGGAAGAGAUGAGUGGGGGAUUGGCCCCAAGCAAAAGCACGGUGUAUGUCUUCAACCUUCCUUUUCCCCUGACAAACAAUGACUUGUAUCGGAUAUUUUCCAAGUAUGGAAAAAUUGUAAAGGCCACUAUAAUGAAAGAUAAAGAUACUUGGAAGAGUAAAGGGGUUGCCUUCACUUUGUUUUUGGAUAAAAACUCUGCGCAAAACUGCACAAGGGCGGUAAACAACAAGCAGCUAUUUGGUGGAGUGAUUAAAGCAAGCAUCGCCCUCGGCAACGGAAGGGCAGCUGAGUUCAUCCCAAGGUGGAACUACUCUGAUAAGUCCAAGUGCUACGAAUGUGGGGAAAGUGGACACUUAAGUUAUGCAUGUCCAAAAAAUAUGCUUAGAGAACGGGAACCUCCAAAGAAGAAAGAAAAAAAGAAGGAAGUUCCUGAACCAGAACGAGAAAUUGAGGAAGUGAAGGACAGUGAAAACGAAGGGGAGGACCCUGCCCUGGACAGCCUCAACCAGGCGAUUGCCUUCCAGCAAGCCAAAAUCGAAGAACAGAAAAGAUGGAAGCCCGGUUCAGGGGGGUCCCUCGACGGCGGUCGACCCGAGCCGCCCACCGAUAAAGAAGAGUACAUACUUCAGUGACGAGGAAGAACUCAGUGACUGAGAAGGCACUUGUGUAAACAUCCUAGAAUAAACAAAGUCUGGGAGCACAGCCUUCAGCUAAGGACUGAGGUUACUGUUAGAAUUUGACAAGGAUGCUUAACACCAAAUGAUAGCUUACUAGCAGACAGUUCAUUGGAAAUCUUAAAAUA